UUAUAAUAUUAUAAAAUGCUUCUAAGAGGCUUGAACAAUAGGUUUACUCAUGGAGCCCUGAAGGGAAGAAACCACCUGCUGAAGGCCACCCAGGCAACCAGCACUGUGUCUGGUUCUGGUAAUGUAGGCAGACCAUAUUUUACUUUUAUGGAUAAAGUAAAGGAAGCAGUCAGAGUUCCUGUAAAACAUAUGGAAUCCUUCUUUGAAUCAGGAGGUCAUGAUUAUGAGUCGCAGCUGCCAAAUACUGAGAAUUUGUAUGGUAACACUGCAAUGGUUUUCAAUGCUUAUUUAACCCAUAAUGCUAUUGAUAUGAAUACUUGGCAUGAUAUGGACAAAACUUAUCAUAAUCAGUUUGGAACUGUUGAUAAUCCAGUCCUCAUAUUCACCACUGACUCUUCAUGGAGAAUUGUCAUUUGUCAAGGACCAGGAGUCGAAGAUGAUUCGCAUGCUCACGAGAAAAUGUUUUACUUUGUCAGAGAAGGACCCAUGAAUAGGUGACACAUUUGUGGUCAAUGCUUCAAACUUGUCAGACUCAAAGACGAGUACUCAGAAGUCAAUGACUACUACUCGUUUAUGUUUUCGUCUCUGUCGCACUUCGAUAUUUCUGAAGAAGAUGCUGUAAUUCCGACAAAGCAAAUGUUCGGAGAUCGGCCAUCUUCAAACCUCCAGUCAGCAGCCGGUAAGAAUGUGUAUAUUCAUGUGAACCCAGACGAAGCUGACCACAUGCUUGUGGACCCAGCUUACAAAAUGGAAAAACUCGAAGAGGCCUACGAAAAACUGGAAGCUCUGUUCAUGGCGUUCCAGAGAGUCGAGAGAGAAUCAGGGCCUGCAGUUGCGACUCCAGUCGCAACCAGCAAGAACCUCUACUCCAACUGGUUCGACAUUGAGAAGAGCAUCAGAGAGCUCGACAGAAUGUUUGUCAAAGUCGAGAAAUUUGAAGCCAGGCUGUUCAUUGACCCUGAUAAUCAUGACAGAAGAGAACAGAGAAUGCUCGCUAGAAAGAGAGACAGGUGGACUGACAACUACACCUACUUCUUCGGAGGACUCACUGAAGAAGAACAGAUGUACAGAGACUACUUCCAGACCGACCUCGAAGAACACCCAGAAGAUGCAGUCGAAGACGCAUUCAUUGACGAGCUCGACAUUGCCAGUCAGGGUGAAUUCAAGUUUGAGAAUUAUGAGUUCAUCGAAAGCUCGGUCGGAGAAGACCCACACGACCCUCUUGUGGACCUGAUUGACAGCAAGAUCUUCAAGUACCAGUACAGAGUCAACAAUGACAGCAUGCAAGACUACAUCAGAAGGAUGGACAGAGUCGUGUCAAGGCAGCUCGAGAGAGCCAGCAGAAGAGACCCUGCAGUCAACAAGAACCUUCAUGAUAUCUUCGAAGAAGGCGAUAGAGAACGCACACUUGGAGCCCAGAUCUACAAAUUGGUCAAGGGUCAAGCUGCCGAUGGCAAAGUAGCCCAAGAGACCAAGGCCAUCAGAGACUACAUGUACGAAGAGUCUCUGCACCAAUACAAAGACUACUUCGAGUCAGAUGAUGAAGAAGCAGACUUCUUCGAAUAUAUGGAGGAACUGCCAGCAAGAGACAGGAUCAAACUCAUCGAGAUCUUCGAAGAUUACACAGUCCCGAAGAAAGACGGAAAAGGGUAUGUUAAAAUUCCCAGAAGAGAGUACAACCCAGAACUCUCAUUCUUCUCGAAUGCAGCUCUUGAUUUGGCUGACUUCAGAGACAGAGUGUUGCCACUUGCACAGGAUGCAGCCAGACUUGAUGGAACUUUCAAGUACCAGAGAGUCACAGAACACGAACCCCAGAAAGUGUUACAGCAGAGAAGAGAAUACAUGAACAAGUUCCUUGAGGGACACGGACAGCCAGUCGUUGAGUUUGGAGGAGACACUUUGACAAGCGAAGAGUUGUUGUCAAGCGAUGAGUUCACUCAGACAUCUGAGCAAGCACAAAAAGUACACGAUGUAGAAGAUGUAGAUGAUAAGAGUGUUGAGUCAUCUCACGAUGAAGCCGAGGAGUACGAAAGUAUAAGUGAGCAGAGCCAUUCCGAUGAAUCUGAUGGCUCUAGCGAUUCAUCCUCAUCAAGCAGUUCUUCUAGUGACAGGUCAGGAUAACUCCUCAGGUGCAGAUGCAGCUGUAAGGCCGUUGGAUAAUGCAACCAAGCCUUCUACGGUCAGAAGUCAGCUGUAUAAAGAUUGUGGUAGAUAAAAUUAUAAGACUUUGGAUAAAUCCAAUC